AACUCUACUUUAUUACAACAGGACCUUCCAGAGUUCUUUGAGGAUAAUAUGGAAACCUGGAUGACCAACUUUCACGGCCUUCUGACUCUGGACAAUAAGCUUUUACAAACAGAUGAUGAAGAGGAGGCUGGUCUCCUGGAGCUGCUGAAGUCUCAGAUCUGUGACAACGCGGCUCUUUACGCUCAAAAGUACGAUGAGGAGUUUCAGCCGUACCUGCCACGCUUUGUUACUGCAAUCUGGGGCCUUCUGGUCUCCACCGGCCAGGAAGUCAAAUAUGACCUGCUUGUAAGCAAUGCUAUCCAGUUUUUAGCAUCAGUUUGUGAAAGGCCGCACUACAAGCAUCUGUUCGAGGACCAGAACACACUCACCAGCAUCUGUGAGAAGGUCAUUGUGCCCAACAUGGAGUUCAGAAGUGCAGAUGAGGAGGCUUUUGAAGAUAACUCUGAGGAAUACAUCCGGAGAGAUCUUGAGGGAUCUGACAUUGACACUCGCCGCAGGGCAGCAUGCGACUUGGUGAGGGGCCUCUGUAAGUUUUUUGAGGGGCCAGUCACAGCCAUCUUCUCUGGCUAUGUGAACUCGAUGCUUACAGAAUAUGCUAAGAACCCCGGGCAGAACUGGAAACACAAAGAUGCAGCCAUCUAUCUGGUCACAUCGCUGGCAUCCAAAGCCCAGACGCAGAAGCAUGGAAUUACACAAGCCAAUGAACUGGUGAAUCUGACUGAAUUCUUUGUGAACCAUAUUCUCCCCGAUUUAAAAUCAUCCAAUGUUAACGAGUUCCCAGUGCUGAAGGCGGAUGCAAUCAAGUAUGUUAUGAUCUUCCGAAGUCAGCUUCCUAAGGAGCAGUUGCUGCAGGCAGUUCCUCUCCUGAUAACACACCUGCAGGCGGAGAGCACAGUUGAACACACUUAUGCUGCGCAUGCAUUGGAGAGGCUGUUCACAAUGAGAGGCCCCAAUAACGCAACACUUAUCACUUCAGCAGAGAUGGCACCUUUUACUGAGCAGCUGCUCACCAACCUCUUCAAAGCACUGAGUCUUCCUGGUUCUGCAGAAAAUGAGUAUAUCAUGAAAGCCAUCAUGCGCAGCUUCUCCCUGCUCCAGGAGGCCAUAGUUCCUUACAUUCCCUCUCUGAUUGGUCAGCUCACUCAUAAACUCCUCUUGGUCAGCAAGAAUCCCAGCAAGCCUCAUUUUAAUCACUACCUGUUUGAGUCUCUGUGCCUGUCUGUGCGGAUCACCUGCAAGGCUAACCCUGCCACAGUCAGCAGCUUUGAGGAGGCUCUUUUCCCCGUCUUUACAGAAAUCCUUCAGAACGACGUUCAAGAGUUUCUUCCAUAUGUGUUCCAGGUGAUGUCUCUUCUCCUUGAGAUCCACUCCAACUCUAUUCCUGCUUCCUACAUGGCUUUGUUCCCCCACCUGCUCCAGCCCAUACUGUGGGAACGCACGGGGAAUAUACCUCCUCUUGUGCGUCUGCUGCAAGCUUACCUAGAGAAGGGAGGGGCAGCUAUCGCUACUUCAGCAGCUGACAAAAUUCCUGGAUUGCUUGGAGUUUUCCAGAAGCUCAUUGCCUCCAAGGCCAAUGACCAUCAGGGAUUUUAUCUCCUCAACAGCAUCAUAGAGAACAUGCCCCCGGAGUCCAUCACUCAGUACAGGAGACAGAUCUUUAUCUUGCUCUUCCAGCGGCUCCAGAACUCUAAAACUACAAAGUUUAUUAAAAGUUUUUUGGUGUUUGUGAAUUUAUAUUGUGCCAAAUAUGGAGCCAUUGCACUUCAGGAGAUCUUCGACAGCAUUCAGACAAAAAUGUUUGGGAUGGUGUUGGAGAAAAUCAUUAUUCCAGAGGUUCAGAAGGUGUCUGGAGCAGUGGAGAAGAAGAUCUGUGCUGUGGGCAUUAUAAAAAUCCUCACGGAGUGCCCCGCCAUGAUGGAUACAGAGUACACAAAGCUAUGGACCCCUCUGCUCCAGGCUCUUAUUGGCCUGUUUGAGUUACCAGAAGAUGACAGCAUCCCAGACGACGAGCACUUCAUUGACAUAGAAGACGCCCCAGGCUAUCAGACAGCCUUCUCACAGCUCGCCUUCGCUGGAAGGAAGGAACACGAUCCAAUUGGAGAUGCGGUUGGCAACCCAAAGAUCCUGUUGGCCCAGUCGCUUCACAAGCUUUCAACUGCCUGUCCUGGAAGGGUUCCCUCCAUGCUGAGCACCAGUCUGAAUGCGGAUGCCCUGAAGUUUCUGCAGGGAUAUUUGCAGGCAGCGAAUGUGCAGCUGGUUUAAAACAAAGAUGCGGAUGACUAUGCAAAUGCUGCAGACACAGUUAGCCCUAGUCAGCUCACAGAUCAAUUACAGCUGAGAUCAUGACUCCAUGAUGGAUUAAAAAAUAAACAGCAGGAUUUUGCCUGAAAAUGGGAGGUCUUUUCAUAAGAAAACGUUUUAAGUGUUUUUAAAGACGACCAAAUGGUGGCAAAGCAAAAUUUAUCCUCUUUGGUAAUGUCAACAGGAAUUUAGGUUGGUGUCCAUGCACUGGUAACAUAACAAAUUUGAAUUGAAGAGUAUUAGAACAGAAGUGAAGAGAUUUCCUUAUUAACAGUUUUGUUGGUUGGCAUUGGUUCUUGAUCAUAGUGACUUCACUCUGAUCACACAUCUGUCCUUUGUUUCUGUUGCAUGUGUUCCUCCCAUUUGUUGCAGUCUUGUGCUUUUGUUUUCAACACUUUGUCAUGUGAAUAAAGAGACACACUUGUGUA